GAAAGUACGAAAAAAAAUGGGUGCGCCUAGCUUAGGGCUCGAGGCGCUUGGACCAACCAUAAUCUGCCAAGCCAGAUGUGGCUGUGCGAAAGCAGUUUGCGCCACAGACCACAUCUUCUAACAGCGACUCCCAGUCUCACGCUGGCAAAACAACCACACUGACCUUGAUUCCAUCUGUGAGCCCAGAAAAGCUAGGUAUUCAGAAACCAGCUCAGUUAGACGAUUACUUGCGAAUUCAGAAUUCUGAGUACAAGGACAUCCAUAAGCUGCCGUCAUCAAAAGGCCGAUCCAGUCUCCAUAUCCCCAAGCUCUCGAGCUAGGCGGGGCAUCUGCAUCGCCCCUUCAAGCGCACCAGAGCGCACCAGAGAUGGAGUUCCGCGCCCCUUUCUUCAAUGAGUUUGGCGAGAUCUGGUCAAAACAGGAUGGUUAUCGGCUUGCACGCACCUUAUCACCAGAGAUUCCAACAGAGCAGCUGCGGAGGGUCUUCAUGAGCCAGAAUGCUCAUGAGAUCAGGAACACCCUCAAGCGCGGCCUCCAGGGCAAUGCUGCACUCGUAGGGGGAAUUGAGCAUGUGGAGGUACAGGGUUGGGUAGAGGUAUAUGCUGCGUAUUGGAAUGCUGCUGGGGUGAUUCUGGCAGCGCGGGAGUCGGGCAGUGACGACAGCAAGUCGUCCCAGUUGUUGUGGACGAAAGUCUACGAGGCUUGGACGGAGCUAUUGAACCUCCUUCUCCGAGGGUACCAGAACGCCGGCUUCGAGGCAUGGACCAUUCCCUGCCUGUACGUAGUAAGCAAGAAUUUGCGCAUCUUCGCGAUCAUGGCGGACGAAGAGCGCAAUAGCAAAAUCCCUAUCGAUGAGAGUGCAGCAAACCUGCAAGACGACUUUGACCCAGAGAGCAACAAGCGCCAGAAACUUGAAGACUGUGCGAGAGUUUUGGGCAGAGUCUUCAACCUAUGUCAAGCUGAUAGAGCACCGAUCGAAGAGUCGCGGAAAUGGGGAAGCUACUAUAUCGCCAACCUUCUCCUCAAGACAUACUUCAGGCUGAAUUCGGCAUCCCUCUCCAAGAACAUCUUGAAUAGCUUACGGGCAGGGCGGGGAGAUAUGCCGGACUUCUCAGCCUUUCCAAAGUCUCAGCAAGUCACCUUCAAGUACCACCAAGGUGUACUGGCGUUCUUGGAAGAGAACUACGGCGAGGCCGAACAGCAUCUCACUGAUGCAUGGCGACUCUGCCAUAAGAAUGCAAUGCGAAAUAAGGAACUUAUCCUGACCUAUCUCAUCCCGUGCCAUCUAAUCACCAGUCACACCUUACCGACCGAGAAGCUCUUGGAGCCUUAUCCAAGGUUACAGAAGCUCUUUUUGCCACUGUGCCGGUGCAUCAAGAGGGGGGAACUUCACAAGUUCGACCUGGCCCUCCAGGAGGGGGAAGACGAGUUUGUCAAGCGCCGCAUCUAUCUCACGCUUGAACGCGGCCGCGACAUUGCGCUGCGCAACCUGCUUCGGAAGGUCUUUAUUGCCCGUGGGUUUGAAGAAGCAAAGGAAGGGGAGAAGCCCGUUCGCCGAAGCCGCGUGCCGGUCGCUGAGUUUGCCGCUGCCAUCAGCCUUGGCAGCCAGGAAAAGAUCGACAACGACGAGGUCGAGUGUCUUUUGGCCAACAUGAUUUACAAGGGCCAUAUGAAAGGUUAUAUCUCCCGCCAACACGGCAUUGUGGUGUUGAGCAAGUCAGGGGCAUUCCCAGGGACCGGUGUGUGAGGGGACACGGUUAGCGAAUCUCACUCGGUGUAUCUACCCCUGGUGCACGUCAUUCAUAAUGGUUUGCGUGCCGGAGCGGGAGAGGGAUACCGAGGGCAGCUUGGGGUUUGCCAACACAGUGGGCGGUUGCGUAUGUACAUACCGGGCAAGAUGCUGGUUUAACCUGGCGUGCCUGGUCCGAACGAUCAAGCAUGCAUCCGUUCUUGCAAACUGCGAAACAAGGGGGAUUGAACCUCCUAUCGGUAUUCUUGGGCACGGCAAAACUGCACUUGUCAGUGAUUGAUUGAUCGGUGAUACCUCGCUAUUACGGAAGCUUGCUCGAGUGACUUCCUUUGCAGCCCAUCUGGAAUGACGGGCCUAAGUCUGCCUAGUCACGGAA